AUGCGCAUGUUCGGCGCUUCUCAGCCCUCAUGGGCGAGGGUAUUAACAGUCGCUCUUGCGGGAGCAUCAACGGCUCAAGCCGUUACAUUAGACGUUGAAGAUGGCGAUUCCAUCAAAAUAGCCGCGAGGCAAGUAGCCACGAACAUGAUGUCCUACUAUACCGGAAAUAGGCCGGGCGACAAUCCGGGCAAUCUACCAGAUCCAUAUUACUGGUGGGAAGCUGGUGCAAUGUUUAAUGCAUUGAUCGACUAUUGGUAUUAUACAGGCGACGAUAAAUGGAACGACAUCACCACGCAGGGUCUACUAUGGCAGGCAGGAGACACUGGUGCCUUCAUGCCAAACAACCAAAGUAAAACAGAAGGAAAUGACGACCAAGCUUUCUGGGGAUUUGCAGCUAUGUCUGCUGCGGAGCGGAACUUCCCCAACCCUCCCUCUGACAAAAUGGGCUGGCUCGCCAUGGCCCAGGCAACAUUCAACACACAAGCGCCUCGCUGGGAUAAUUCUUCAUGUGGAGGAGGACUGCGGUGGCAGAUCUUCACAUGGAAUAACGGUUAUAGCUACAAGAACACCAUUUCCACUGGCGGAUUCUUCAACUUGGCAGCCCGUCUUGCAAAGUAUACCGGAAAUUCGACAUACCAAGAGUGGGCGGAGAGGGCUUGGGACUGGACUGAGGAUGUCGGAUUCAUGACACCCGACUACCAUUUCUGGGAUGGCGCAAGUGAUUUGACCAACUGCACCAAUAUCAACCAAAUUGAGUGGACCUACAACAACGGUGUUUUCCUCCUCGGUGCAGCGAACAUGUGGAACAUAACUUCCGAUCCUAAAUGGAAAGACCGAGUCGAGAGAAUCCUCGAGUCAUCUGAGGUUUUCUUUUCAGACAACCCAAAAAAUGUCAUGUUUGAACGAGCCUGUGAGACAGUCAACACAUGCAUGGUUGAUCAACGAUCCUUCAAAGGCUAUCUCGCCCGCUGGAUGGCAGCCACCACGCAGAUGGCGCCAUUCACAUACGACCUGAUCAUGCCCAAGCUCAAAGCGUCCGCAUCAGCAGCUGCACAAGCCUGCGAUGGUGGACCGGAAGGCACUACUUGUGGCCUUAAGUGGACAGAGAAGAAAUGGGACACCACCACGGACUUCGGCCAGCAAAUGGCGGCUCUCGAGGUAAUUCAGGCGAACCUCAUCACGAAAGUGGCUGCACCAGUCACUAGCGAUAAUGGCGGUACCAGUAAGGGAGAUCCUAGUGCCGGUGGAAAGCCCCCAGCGCCCACGCCUGAUGCGCUGUCGUACCCUAUCACAACUGGUGAUCGGGCUGGGGCCGGUAUCUUGACUGCCUUGAUGAUGAUCACUCUGGGAGGAUCAGCGGGGUGGCUAGUUUGGGAUUAA